CUCACCUCGAGUUACAUACCUAUAUAUACCAGAUGACGAAUCUAUUGAAUACACAACUUGUGUUUUGGAUCUAGUUUAAAAAUAGUUCCCAUUGGCGAUAUGAGGAUUUUGACUGUCACGAUUGUAUACAUUAGCCUGAUUGGGGUUUGCUUGGCUGAACAACCGUAUACGGUACAAAAUGAAGCGCUAGAACCCUUCAAAGGACUGCGGGAAACAUGCGUCGAGAUGUCAAAUUUAAAAACUGUGGGUCGCCAACGUUUUGUGAAUGGUUCGGUCGCAAUACUGCAAGACCUGGAUAGUGAUAACUUUAAAUUUCAAGUUGAAUUAUUCUCGAGUCCACAGGGUGAUGGUCAAUACAAGCAACUACCAAUGGGUGUGCCAAUGACUAGAGUUUGCGAUGGAUUUAAAGAUUUGUACACGAAAAUCGUACAACCUUCUCUAAAACAGGAUGAAAAUACGAACUUCCCGUUCAUACCCGAUGAGGGAUUGUGUCCUUUACCAGCCGGCGAGUAUUAUAUAAAAACAGUAGAGUUCGACACGGAUACCUGGCCCAAUCAGAUUCCGCGCGGCGUCCUAAAGGCUGUGUUAACCUUUUUCAAAAAUGAAGUGAGUGUUGGCGGAACUGUAAUGAAAAUGAAAAUUGAGGAUCGACAAUAAGCAUUGAAUAAGGGAAAACCAAAAUAAAUAAACGGUUGGCAGCAAAUCAUAUAUAGUUGUACUGAAAACGUGGUGGAGGGAAUUGAAUAUUUUAAGAUAAAGGUCUCUUGAAGACACGUCAAUUUUAUUUGGAGGGCAGAAUUUUUCCAUAUACUUCUGCACUAACAACUCGAUCACUAAUUGCCAAGAAAACUUUUUUUUUUAACUUGUUGCAUUUACAGGGAACCAAUACCAUAAAUAAUACCAAAGCAUAUUUACUUACAAUUAAAUAUUAUUUUUGUACAUAUCAAAA